UAGCCUGCUUGCCCCAUAGUGCUGUGAGUAUACAACUUAUAUAUACCACCUGCACCCCUCCCCUCCCACGAAACUGACAUUCUGAGCAGCCUUGAUCCUGAGUAGAGCGCCUUUUGUUAUUAUUUUUAUACCCUUCCAAACAACUCUAUAACUCAGUUUCGCAAAGAUGCCUGUCCCAAACAUCAAGCUCAACAAUGGCUUUGAGAUGCCACAAGUAGGCUUCGGCCUGUGGAAGGUUGGCAACGACACUUGCGCCGACACCGUCUACAACGCCAUCAAGACUGGUUACCGUCUGUUCGAUGGAGCUUGUGAUUACGGAAACGAGGUUGAGGCUGGCCAGGGUGUUGCCCGUGCCAUCAAGGAGGGUCUGGUGAAGCGCGAGGAUCUCUUCAUCGUCUCCAAGCUGUGGAACAGCUUCCACGACAAGGAGCAGGUCGAGCCAAUUGCCCGCAAGCAGCUCGCUGACUGGGGUAUUGAGUACUUCGAUCUCUUCUACAUCCACUUCCCAAUCGCCCUCAAAUACGUUGACCCCAAGGUCCGCUACCCCCCAGGAUGGGCUUUCGACGGAAAGGAGGAUUACCAACUCAGCAACGCGUCCAUCCAAGAGACCUGGACCGCGAUGGAGUCGUUAGUUGAUCUGAAGCUCGCAAAGAGCAUCGGAAUUUCCAACUUCCAGGGCGCUCUUAUCCUCGACCUUCUCAGAUACGCCAAGAUCCGCCCGGCUGUCCUCCAGAUCGAGCACCACCCAUACCUCGUCCAGGAGACCCUCCUCAAGCUGGCUAAGGAGCAGGGCAUUGCCGUCACCGCCUACUCCACCUUUGGCCCAUCUUCCUUCCUCGAGCUCGGCUGGCAAAAGGCCGCCGAUACCCCUCUUCUGUUCGAGCACCCUACCAUCACCACCAUUGCGAAGAAGCACGAGAAGACACCUGCUCAGACUAUCCUGAGAUGGGUCACACAGAGGGGAUUGGCCAUUAUCCCCAAGAGCAACACCCAGAGCAGACUGGAGCAGAACUUAAAUGUUACCGACUUCAACCUCGAGCAGUCCGAGAUUGACGAGAUCUCCGCCUUAAACAAGAACCUCAGGUUUAACAACCCAACUGAUUACCUCGGCACCCUUCAUAUUUUCGCGUAGAUGGGCAUGUAGACAGGAUUUAUCAACAAUACAUAUUAUAAAG